CACGACAAACACCAGGAACAGCCCCCCGAGCUAGCGACGACCAUGGCCAAGCUCGCCUCCAUCCUGACUCUCAUCGCGCUGCUCGGCUGCGCGGCGCGUACCUGCCAAGCAGAUUACGGGAAUCCCACCCCUGUUCCGUCCGUACCGAGCAUAACUAGUCCCCCGCCGCCAUACACCCCGACUACACCUAGUCCUCCUCCACCAUACACCCCGAGCACACCUAGUCCUCCACCGCCCACCCCAGCUACCCCAAGUCCUCCACCACCAUACACCCCGACUACACCUAGUCCUCCACCGCCCACCCCAGCUACCCCAAGUCCUCCGCCGCCAUACACCCCGAGCACACCUAGCCCUCCACUGCCGACCCCUAGCCCACCGACCAAAGGACUCGCGGUCGGCUACUAUCAGAAGUCAUGCCCUCGCGCGGAAGACAUUGUGAGGGAAGUUGUGCGUGAUGCCAACGCCGGUAUCAUGGCUGGACUCAUCCGUCUCUUCUUCCAUGACUGCUUCGUCAGGGGUUGCGAUGCCUCCGUGCUUCUCGAUCAAGUAGACCCCAACAGCCCACCAGAGAAGUUGGGCGUCCCGAACCUGAGCCUGCGUGGCUUCGAGGUGAUUGAUGCCGCCAAGGCUAGAAUCGAGAAGGAGUGUGGGAGCGACGUAGUCUCAUGCGCUGAUGUCCUGGCCUUCGCUGGGCGUGAUGCCACCUACUUCCUUAGCAACAAGAAGGUCUACUUCAACAUGACAGCUGGCCGUUAUGAUGGACGUGUGUCUUUCAUGAAUGAAACACUCCCCAACCUGCCACCACCCUUCGGCACCGUGGACCAGCUCAAGGCCAACUUCGCCUCCAAGGGGCUGACUGCCGACGAGAUGGUUACACUCUCUGGUGCACACACCGUCGGAAUCUCCCAUUGCUCGUCCUUCAACUCAUCCUUCUCUGACCGCCUCAACCCAAGCACCUCCGACAUGGACCCCACACUAAUGAGCUCUCUCCGGGAGCAAUGCAAGUCAGACAAUGGGACCGACAACACGGUGGUGCAGGACAUCGAGACCCCUAACAAGGUCGACAACAAGUACUAUAAGAAUGUGCUUAGCCACAAGGUGCUCUUUGAUUCAGAUGCCGCGCUCAUGACGGCAGAUGAUACAAGUGCAGCGGUGCGUGCCAAUGCCAAGGACAACGAUGUGUGGGAGGAGAAGUUCAAGGAAGCCAUGGUAAGGAUGGGCGCUAUCGAAGUCAAGACCAGGGACGAUUUUUUCAAUGGUGCCGCUGUUGAGAUCAGGAGGAAUUGUCGCAUCGUCAACUCAUACUAAACUUGUUGAUCUUAUCGCAUCAUCGCUAGUUUUUCAACAGUAGAUUGAGAAUAAGCUCGUGCUUUCUCGGGUUUCCAUUGAUGUUUAUUUUGAUUACUUUUGUAAUGUUAUUAUUUUUUCCCUCUUGUUGUUUUUAUUAUUUCAUUUUAUUGCGGUGUGGCAUUUUGUUUUUCAACUUCGCCUGAUGAAAGUUGUUGUACAAGAAUUUGCUCCUUUAAUUCUUUGUUACUUAUAUUAACAUCAUAAUUAUCUUGCCGUGUUCCUAUGUC